AUGUCCUAUUCUAACAAGAUUUCCGCUGCAGCGCAGUUGGUUCACGAGGAUGAGUUUCGACGGAUGCUGGAGCCUGGACGAAAGAAGCACGACAAGCUGAUCGGCAGGUUGCCAAAAGGACAAGAAUCGCCUUUUGGCGACUUUCCGCCAGACUAUACGCGACCUGGGGAUGACACAAAGAGGUCCCUGAACCUCCAACUCUCGGGCACAGCAACUCUGACACCGCGGAAAUCAGCGGAUCAGGCACUGCCCUCAGCUCGCAGUUCGCUCCCGUCGGCGCGCAGUACUGACGGCAAGACGCCGCGUACGGCUCGCGAGAUAGAGAGGAUGACGCCCAGGAUGACGCCCCGCGACGGUGCCUUCUCCAACACAGCGCCAAAGACCUUGCGAAGUUUGGGCCCUCCGGCGGCGGGAGCUUUUCAGAAGCGACCCAUCGAGCCCUCAGAGUUCAGGAGAUUCUACGACAGAAAUGAUUUGCCCAUUCAGAUCAUGCACACGGGCACCCAGAACAGGAUUGCGUGGAAGGUUGAUGUGGAAAAGCUAGACUACCACCACUACCUUCCCAUUUUCUUCGAUGGGUUGCGCGAAAGGGAGGAGCCGUACCGCUUCUUCGCAGUCGAGGGUGUCUACAAUCUUCUGGAAAAGGGCGGUUCCAAGAUCCUUCCGGUCGUGCCGCAGCUCAUUAUUCCCAUCAAGAAGGCACUGAACACGCGGGACACGGAGGUGAUGGUCACGACCAUGAAGGUCCUGCAGACGUUGGUCCUGUCCGGAGAGAUGGUGGGAGAGGCUCUUGUCCCCUACUACCGCCAGAUCUUGCCCGUGCUCAAUAUCUUCAAGUCAGCCACGAAGAGCACCUUCGACCAGAUGGAUUAUGCCCAGCGCAAGCGCAUGGACAUUGGGGCCCUCAUCGACGAGACCCUGGAGAUCCUGGAAACUCACGGGGGCGAAGAUGCCUUCAUCAACAUCAAGUACAUGAUACCCACCUAUGAGUCGUGCGGCCUGGGUCUCCAUGACCAACUCCAGUCUGCGGAUCACCCCGUGGGAUUUCGGGCCAGGUGGGCAGCCGCGCCCACGUCGACGUCCUUCUUUAUCGACUGCCGCCUCUACCGGCCGACCCAGGAGGAGGCCGAAUAUGCGCGCCGGUCGCUCGGCGAGAACGACGUUGAAGAAGUGCCAUCUGAACCGCCGCCGGAGCCGAAGGCGAUAAAGCCCAAGCCAAAGGGCCUGCUGCAAAAGGGGCUUGCGAUGGCCAAAGACUAUGCCCUGCAGGCGGCUGGCGAAUACUUCAGCAGUGCCGGUGGGAAAGGGGACCCCGAAGUCGAAAGGCAGUGCCACGAGCUCUAUGGCCUCUUCCAGAGGAAGAACGUCAUGGAAGCGCACACAGACCAAACGCUGAAAAGGAGCAGAGGAGGGAAGUCCAAGCCGCUCGCCAAUCUCGAGGGUGACAAGGCUCCAGGUGGCCUUUUCAUCCAGCACACGGCCUCCCACCAGUGGUACCACUGCUUCAUUUUGGGGAAGAAGGAGGACGCGCAGCUGCAGUGUGUGGCGAUGGAGCCCGAUUGGAUCUUCCAGAAAACUAAUCGCAAGUUUUGCGGCUUGCAAUCGUGCGACUACGAUCGUCUCACCUUUAAGACCGAGUGCCUCGACAGGGUGGUCGGUUGGAUCCCGCGGUCGCAAUGUGUGUACGUUGGCCACCAUGGGCAGGUGCAUCCCAAGGACAUGAUGGGAACCCCUGUCCCGUAUUCGGUCUACAUCAUGGGAUGUCCACCAAUACCUCCUACACCUCCUCUGCGGAGAUGGCGAACAAGCCUGAAUCAGUGGACAGACUUCUUGCUACUUACUGGGUAA